UAAAUAAAAGUUGUGGCAGAUUGUUACUUAAGAUAAACCAUUGCAGGCAAUACCUUGUGUUCUCCAGGCGUGUUGGUUAACGCAGUGGAAACAGGAUUCGGAUACAACCGAUUUUGCUAAAAACAACAAUGAACAGCCUACUCCAUGAAUAAAUUCGUGCAAGUUAGCCUGCUAAAUAGUUAGCUUUCCAAGUUUCUCAGCAAGUUAGCUGGCCUGGCUAACUGUUACUACGAUUUCUUCGAGCAUUUUUUCACGAGUUUGCUCAUACUUAGUAUCAGUUUGCUAGCGUUACGCGUUUCCUCAACUAACGUUAAUGUUAACAACCCUUUUCUUAUUACAAGCAAAUCUACUUCUUAUAUAUAGCGUCACAUAAUUUGAAUUGACAGAAAUUUGCUAUGAUUGCAUACUUCAACAUAUGAGUUAUUCCAGUUUUGGUUGAUAGCAUUGGGCUAAGUGCCAGAUAAUAUCAGUUUUAUUAACACUCGGAUGAAAGUGUAUCGCUGACUAGAUAGAUGACUAAGAUAAUAGAGCAAGUGAAAUAUAGCUGUAUAAGUUAGAUUAUUUUAAGUAACAUGUAUUAACCUUAGCUGGCAACAAAACAGACGUGUAACAGUUAAAGUUAAGGUUACCUUCCCCUACACGCUAACGUUAGCUGGCACCUAGUUAGCUUUCUAUCGAGUUGGAUGCCUUGGUCUGCUGGAAACCUAGCAAUGAAAUUUGGGGAGUUACCUCAGCCAAAGCGUCUUACGAGGGAAGCAAUGCGCAAUUAUUUGAAGGAGCGGGGUGAUCAGACGGUGCUCAUAUUGCAUGCUAAAGUUGCACAGAAAUCAUAUGGAAACGAAAAAAGGUUCUUCUGCCCGCCUCCGUGUGUGUACUUGAUGGGUUGUGGCUGGAAGAAGAAGAAGGAGCUGAUGGAGAGGGAGGGUUGCUCAGAACAGGAGUCACAGCCUUGUGCCUUUAUUGGCAUCGGCAACAGUGAGCAGGAGAUGCAGCAACUCAACUUAGAGGGGAAGAACUUCUGCACUGCAAAAACUCUGUAUAUAUCGGACUCUGACAAGAGGAAACACUUUAUGCUUUCGGUGAAAAUGUUCUAUGGGAACAGCGCGGAUAUUGGGGUUUUCCUCAGCAAGAGAAUCAAGGUCAUCUCCAAACCCUCAAAGAAGAAGCAGUCCCUGAAGAACGCAGACUUGUGCAUUGCGUCUGGGACCAAAGUAGCGCUGUUCAACCGCCUCCGCUCUCAAACAGUCAGCACACGUUACCUGCAUGUGGAGGGAGGCAACUUCCAUGCCAGCUCACAGCAGUGGGGAGCCUUCUACAUCCACCUCUUGGAUGAUGAAGAGUCCGAGGGGGAGGAGUUCACCGUGAGGGAUGGCUACAUCCACUAUGGUCAGACGGUGAAGCUGGUGUGCUCAGUCACUGGCAUGGCUUUACCGCGGCUGGUUAUCCGUAAAGUGGACAAACAGACGGCCCUGAUGGACGCGGACGACCCAGUGUCGCAGCUGCAUAAGUGUGCUUUCUACCUGAAGGACACCGAGAGGAUGUACCUGUGUCUUUCCCAGGAGCGCAUCAUUCAGUUCCAGGCAACCCCUUGCCCCAAAGAGACAAACAAAGAAAUGAUCAACGAUGGAGCGUCAUGGACAAUCAUCAGCACAGACAAAGCCGAGUACACCUUCUAUGAAGGCAUGGGCCCCGUGCCUACAUCAGUGACCCCCGUGCCUGUGGUGGAGAGCCUACAGCUGAAUGGCGGGGGAGAUGUUGCCAUGCUAGAGCUGACGGGUCAGAACUUCACCCCCCACCUGCGUGUGUGGUUUGGGGACGUUGAGGCUGACACUAUGUACAGGUGUGGCGAGAGUGUGCUUUGCGUAGUGCCUGACAUCUCUGCGUUCCGCGAGGGCUGGCGGUGGGUGCGGCAGCCGGUCCAGGUGCCUGUGACGCUGGUGCGCAACGACGGCAUCAUCUACUCCACGGCUCUGACCUUCACCUACACGCCCGAGCCGGGCCCUCGGCCCCACUGCGGCGCCGCCGGGGCCAUCCUGAGGACCUCGUCUUCCUCACCCUCCUCUUCCUCCUCGUCAUCUUCCUCAUCCACAGCAGGCCUUAUGCUGCCCUCCAGUACAGACAGCCAGGCAGGCUUCGGCACGGGCAGUGUCUCCUCGUCCUCCUCGGCUAUGUCUGUGUCCUAACGCUUGCGCUGGAGAGCUGUGUGUGUGUGUGUGUGUGUGUGUGUGUGUGUGGGAGGGGGGGUGUAUGUAUGUAAAUGUGUGUGCGCACUAAUGGGAGAGGCAAGGGGGACGCAUUUAUCAAAACAUCAUAACAUCAAAACUGAAAAAAAAACCUGAGAGCUUUCAGCCUCCACCUCAAACGGUUUCAUCACACAAGGCCUUAAGACAUACCUACUUGAUGCUGAGAGCUCUGAACAGACUGUAUUUCUAGUCAGAGGUCUGGAACUGGUGAUGCAAGAGGUGCCCUGAGAACUGUUAAAGAGAAACAGAUUUUUAUGGACCAAGCAAUACUAUUGUUAUUAUUGUUGUUAUUUUUAUUGAUAUUAUUAUAUAUUUUAUAAGCUUUAGCUAAGGUACAUUUUCAUCCAUCCUCUGUUUUUUUAUAACCAGUAGUAAUACUUUGUUACCAUUUUUUUUGUUUGUUGCAUUUUUAUAAUAUCGGUCGGGACCUUGACCUCAGAAGGCUUCAUAGCAGAAUGGGACAUUGGUUUCAGCUGCCUGCAUUCGUUUAGGCGAGACGGCCCAGUCCCUUUGGCCUUUUUGCCAGAUCUUUUUAUUUUUAUUUUUUUUUUAUUUUUACAGCGUGUACAUUUUUUUCCCACUGGUUUUGUUUGAAACCGGGAUGUUCUUAAUGUGCAUUAAGGAUGUGAGGGCCCGUGGUUCCUGUCCUGUGUGUUUGAAAACAUGAAGUCUCGACACAUGAAAGCUUUAACAGUUGCUGUAGAUCCUUGGACAGACAAACGAUUGAUUUGUAAAACACAAACUGUUGGCUUCUUGACCACAUCCAGUCUGUUAUAUCACGUGUGCCUUUUAGGACUGUUAUGGCGGGAAGUCAAGACUUAAAUGAUAUAUACAGGUGUCAGUAGGUCGUAGGUGUCAGUUAAGACGUUAAUCUUUAUGACUCAGAUACUCAAAUCAACCACUACGUCCAGUAUAUAUACAACUAAUUUCUACCCCAGGGGUAGUGUAUUCAUAUUGGGGUGUACACUACAAUUUGUGCCCUAUCAAACAUACAGUGAGUGACCCUAUCAAAUGUAUUGUGUGCUUUCUGAAGAGGCGUGCACUUAUUUGACUGCCUUAGUUCAAAAUGCCCUUGUCAUGACUUCCUCGGCCGUGUACGUAAUGCGUGGAGAAGAAACCUUGGUGACAGGACAGUUUCUUACGUUUUGUAUUCCGUGUUGUUGACCAGUUCCGGUUCUGGUAUCCUUACACACAUACAAAUAUGCCAGUAUGCUGUGCACAUGUAUGCUCAUUCUACAGGUCAAAUUUUAAGUGUCAGUAUUUUUCUUCCAAAGGGCUCACCCUAUGUUGUUCUAUCUGUUUGAUAAGCACAUAUCUGAAAUGUCUCUAUUGGACGUUUCUCUAGGAGGCCUGUAUCAAAAAUAUAUUGUAGGUCUUAAGAGUUACUUUAGGUAUUGUGUGCCUAGAUGGGUGGAAAAUUAAUUUUCUUAACCAGUAUCAACCAGUUUUGUUAUCAAAUUAUGUAUUGUAUUGAUGCUCACAGUUCCCUGUUUAAUCAGAAGAUCUAGUCCACAUGUUCAUAACUGUUUCACAUGUUCCAACCCUGCCAAGUUCUAGCUUUGAAUGAACGAGAUGCAUAUGUGACUACAGCAUUGGUGCCUCUCUCCUUUUUUGCCUUCUGUGGCUGUAUUUCUUGGACUGUAACCUCAGUGCCCAAUCGUGAAGAAAUCCCUGUUCUGUUUCUGAGACAUAUUUCUUACCUUUCCCACACAAAAAUAAUACUAAAAAAAUUAAAUGUACUUGUACAAAUCAUCACCUUCAACGAAAGAAAGAAAAUGAGUCUUGGGCAGCCAUUACAGCUCAUAGUGCCUUGGAAUGACAAGGUUUUGCCAAAUUCUUGCGAGCCCUGGAAUUUACCCUCAGACAGCUGCGGGGUGCUGGUGUAUUUUUGCCUUUGUCAACAAUAAUAAUGGUGCUUUUUGAAGAUGUUAAAGGGCCAGUCUGUCACUAUGGGAAUGGAUCACUAAAUACUGUAAAAAUAAGAAA